AUAUAUAUAAAUACAACCGCUUUCUUUCUUUCUUUCAAUUCAAUCUCAAUCAUCCAUCAAAAUACAUAUUACUACAAAGGGAAAAGGAAAAAAACAUAGGACAAAAGGUGUUUGUGUAGUUCGGUAUAUAUAUACACAGAGACAUCAUCGGAGUCUUGUUGUUCUUGAUUACUACAAGAAAGGGAGGAUUUGAAGAAGGCAUACAUAUAUAUAUAUACAUGGGGCGGUCACCUUGCUGUGAGAAAGCCCACACCAACAAAGGAGCCUGGACUAAAGAAGAAGACCAGCGCCUCAUCAAUUACAUCCGGGCUCAUGGUGAGGGCUGCUGGCGUUCCCUCCCUAAAGCUGCAGGGUUGCUUAGAUGUGGGAAGAGUUGCAGGUUGAGAUGGAUAAACUAUCUGAGACCUGACCUCAAGAGAGGCAAUUUCACUGAAGAAGAAGAUGAGAUCAUCAUCAAACUUCAUAGUCUGCUUGGGAAUAAAUGGUCCUUGAUAGCUGGAAGAUUGCCCGGAAGAACAGACAACGAAAUCAAGAAUUACUGGAAUACGCAUAUUAAACGCAAGCUUAUUAGCCGUGGCAUAGACCCUCAAACCCACCGUCCACUCAACUCCACCGCCGCCACUACCACCACCGUCGCCGCUGCCAAACCUUGCCUAGACUUCAGACCUUCAACUCCACCAUCUUCAAAAGAAAACACGGCCGCAUCAAUGAAUGAACCCAUCACCAACAAUAUUAAUAGCAUUCCCGCAACAGAUAAUUCAUCGUCAGUUGAUAACACCAAAUGCAACAGCAGCACAACGGAGGAGUCCCAACCACCGCCUCCUCCGCAGGAGGUGGAGGAGGGGAACGGCGCCGCCCAUGCAGUACUUGACUUAGAGUUGUCUAUAGGUCUGCCUUCUCAGUGCAAGUAUACAAAAAGUGCUUCAUUCAACUCAUCCUCAUCCACCGAGUCCAAGUCUUUCUAUGACUUCUUGAUGAGGCCGGCCGCGGUGGCUGAGGCGGAGACGGGGACACCCUCCACGGCGGCCAUGUGCUUGUGUUGGCAGUUGGGUUUUCAGAAAGGCCAGUCGUGUAGCAAUUGCCGAUCCAUUAAUGGCUUAUACAGAUAUUGCUGAUCAUCACUAUAUAUGAUAUAAUUGUAGAAUUUUUAGAUAUAUAGAUGUUAAUUAAUGCUUCUUUUCUUGUAAUCAUUUUUUCUUCUUCUUUCUAAUAUCAACCAAAGAUGCAGUAAUCACUCAAAAAUUAAUGAUUUGUGAUUACUAAUUAUGCAGUAAAAAGUCUGAAAA